AUAUAUUAAUAUUAUUUUAAAACGAAUUGCUUGCAAGCGGUCGCCUGGUCGUGACCAAGCAUCUGUUAUUGAGAACCUAAAAGAAUCUCGAAGGAAACUAGAAAAAGAGUUAGAACACUUGGCAGCCAAACAGAUGUACGAAUUAACAUCACUCGUUCGCCACAACACGAGAUGUACGUUCCAGCAGGCGCAAGGGGCCAUUCUUGAAACUCUGAAAUACUUGCAAGAGAACGUUCUUCACAUUCCGGAUGGAAUUGAGCGCAUUCUUAAUACCGACACAGAUCAGAUUUCCAUGGAAAUCCGCCGUGGCGGACUAGAUAGUCACCAUUUGGAUCGGGUGGUUGGUUUAAUCAUGGAAUUUGCUUCAGAUCAAGAAACUGAUGUUCCAGAAGAAACUUGGAACGAAAUGUUAGACCUCACAACGCAUGCUGAUCGUGCUUUGUUGAUUGCUGCUCUUGAACGUCAUGAUUGUGCCUUGCUGCUGCAGUUGGUUCACCGUUUGCAAGCCGAAACCUCAUGGAGAAAACGGAGGCCAAUACUCGCCAUUCUCUUCCAUGCCCUACAACUAUUGCCAACAUUCGUCAACGUGGCCAUCAACUCUGUUCUUCCUUCCGAAUUGGCCAGAGAUAUCCAAGCGAUUGGCACUGCAAAGGAUAUCAAUAAAGAUCGCAUUUAUUGGUCGAUCCGCGUUCUAACUGUGACGUUAUGUUGCCAAGAACCUCUAUCCUUCGCGCAGCAAAAUGAGCUCGGAGAAAACUUGAUCGCACUUCUCGUUGACGUGUUAGAAACGGAAUCUGUUUCCAUAGCUACAAGUGACGAAAAAGAUCAGGAAUGUUUGACAAUCACUAGUGCCGCGAUGCAUUUAAUUUUGGCGCUGCAUCGGCAGUUCAGUUUAGUGUCUUCGGAGAACAAUCCAGUUUUGCUCUGUUUAGCUAAUAGAAGUAUGUGUGACAGCCUUAUCGAAAAGAUCUUACUACUCUACAACAGAGAAGUUUUAAUACUAGAUGAUCCUAUUAAACAAUACGUUGGCCAUCAAAAUGAUGACAAUCAAACUGAUUCAGUUUCGAGCUUGAUGCUUGGACUCUUUUCAGGAGCUGAAACAGCCAAAUUGUUUUACACAGCUGAUCUAGAAGUUUUGCUGCUUGAUGUCAUUUUAAGACGCCUCACUGAUUAUGGGCCAGGAGAUAAGAGACGGUCAGAUGCCUUGCAGCUUUACCAUGCCAUCCUACGGGUUAGGAGUCCUGUUUAUAAAAAAAGCGAUUUCGCUAAAUGUUUAAAAGUCAUACGUGAAGAGUCAGACAAAUUAGGAAGCCCAUCCACAGCCAUGCAACAAGAUCAUCACAAAGUUAUGCAAAUUUACCACGAAUUUCCUGAUUUCCUCGAAAUGUCCUAAGUAACUUCCUUCGAUCAAAAGAUAAAUAAAUAAACUAGUCCAAAUACA